AUGGCAGUGAGGUCACAUAUGCAGCAGAUAACAGGAAUGACAACUUGCGGCAGCUAUGAGAAAUAUCUUGGUCUACCACCUAUUGUGGGAAGGUCAAGGUAUAAUACUUUCAAAAGUCUGAAGGAAAGAGUAUGGAUGAAAGUAAAUAGUUGGAAGAACAAUUUUCUUUCACAAGCUGGGAAGGAAAUUCUAUUGAAGGCGGUCAUCCAGGCGAUCCCCACAUAUUCCAUGAGUGUUUUCAGGCUACCGAGAAGGCUGUGUAAGGAGAUACCAGCUGUUAUGGCAAGGUUUUGGUGGGGGCACAGGCAAAACGAUAGAAGAAUUCAAUGGAGAAGCUGGUUCAAGAUGGGAGACUCCAAGAAGAGAGGGGGAUUGGGUUUUAGGGACCUUGAGAGCUUCAACAAAGCCAUGCUGGUGAAGCAGUGUUGGAGGAUUCUUAAUAACCCAUCUUCUUUAGUUGCCAAAGUGAUGAAAGAGAAGUAUUUCAAAGAGGAUAGGUUUUUGGAAGCAAGGCUAGGGUAUGCUCCUUCCUUGAUAUGGAGGAGCUUAUGGUACUCUAUUAGUUUGGUUAAGGAAAGCCUUCGCUGGAGGGUGGGUGAUGGGAGUUAG